AUCCUGAUCGCAAAAAAGUACUUUCGGUCUGAAAAUUCGCUGGAAAACGAAAUAAAAUUGCGAAAAGCCUCUUGCAAUUUAUGGUAUGUUUCAUCAUUUUUAUGUUUCUUCAGAAGAAAAGACGUCCGGCUCAGCAAUCAUAAAAAAAAGAAGAAGAAGAAGGAGGUUAUUUUGAUUUUCUUUUCUGUGAAAAAUGUGUUAAUUUGUGAGAAAUGGCUGUGUCUUUCUGCGGAAAACGUGCACUGCUAACUCGAGCCAACUUCCAUGUAUGCCCCAAGAGAUAUGGCUACAUUGUUCUAGUCCCGGAAAUUGGGGAAGAUUUGCCAGACCGGAAUCCCCUGCAGAGGGAGGAUGGACUACUGGAAUUUGGGUCUGUGACCGUGGAGAAAUGCGUGUCAGUUAUUGGAAAACAAGCUGUGGAUGUUGAGAAGCAGGUGAAGGAAUUGGAUACAAAGAUUGAGACAAGGAAUGAAGUAAAGGACAUCUUCAGGGAAGUUAUUGAUCCGCUUGAACAAAUUGGGGCACCAUUGGAAACAACAUGGGGCCUGGCGAAGACACUCUACCUGGGGAACAGUGUCCUGAUGCCAACGAAAAGUUAUAUAACUAUCCAUGAAAGAGCCCGGCGGGCACGAAUGGCAAAGUUCUCCAGCCCAAACAUCUACAGAGCCAUAAAAGAGGCCAAAUUGAAGGGUAGUGAGAGUUUGACGGAGGAGCAGAAGAGGGUCAUUGAGAAGUACCUUCUGGAAGGGAAGCUCAAUGGCCUGGAACUGAGUGGAGACACAAAGGGACGCAUGGAUUAUAUCCUUGGGAAACUCGGGGAGGAGAGAACAAAGUUCCGGAAGAAAGUGGAUAUCUCCACGAAGCAAUUUAAUCAUGUUGUUGAAGAUUACAACAUAAUGAGGGAUUUCCCUCCGGAAGUGCUGCAGAUGUUUGCUAAGGAUGCCACACAGCCUACUAAGGGUCCCUGGAUGGUGACCCUUCAUCCGCAAGUUGCAGCAAAUUUCCUCGAGUAUUGCCCCGACAGGACAAUGCGUUGGAAUGUGUGGCAGGCUCAGACAAGGAGAAAUUCCAAUUUUGGUGAAAAAUCCCUGGAAACCAGCACGCAUAUUGAGGAAAUUCGCUUCCUGCGUCGUGAUCAGGCAAAACUCCUUGGGUACGAGAGCUUCGUUGACAUGUCCAUGGAGACAAAGAUGGCAGGAAGUAAGGAGAAUGUCACCAAAAUGCUGGAAGCUCUCAGGGAGAAGGCAAAACCAGCUCAAGAUAGGGAAAUUGAAAGCCUCCGCGAGUAUGCUAAACAUUUCGGAUUCAAGGGUCAGCUUGAAGCUCACGAUAUCCCCUACUUCCGGCGAAAACAACUUCUCGCCAUGCAUAAUUUUGAAGAAGAAAUCAUCCGGGAAUACUUCCCGCUGCCCAAAGUCCUCACGGGAAUGUUUGAUCUGUGCGAGCGAAUGUUCCACAUUCAGAUUGUUGAACGAACAGGCGUUGAUACGUGGCAUGAGGAUGUUCGGUACUACGACAUUGUUGAUCAAGGAAAACCCGUGGCGGGAUUCUAUUUGGAUCUCUACACGCGCGAAGAUGUGAAGAUGCAGACAAAGGAUAACUUUGGAUGGACUGUUGGUAUCCGGAAUCGCAGUUCCGUCACAAAUACCAAACCCCUAACGGCUCUAAUAUUCAAUUUUGCUGCUCCAAUUUAUGGGAAACCCAGCCUCCUGUCAUUUGAUGACGUUAUUAUGCUGUUCCAACGCAUUGGCUACGCACUGCAACAUCUCCUGACCACGGUGAAUUAUUCCGAAGUAGCUGGUGUGUCGAAUAUUGAGUGGGAUGCUGUGGAAGUAGCUAGUACGGUUAUGGCACAUUUUCUCUACAAUCCAGCUGUGCUGAAGAGCAUCUCAUCGCACUAUGCCACUGAGGAUCCUCUGUCGGAUGCCCUGGUGAGGAGUAUCCAGACAUCACGUACCCACAUGGCGGGCUAUGAUCUCUGCCAGGAGCUCUACUUAUCCGCCCUGGAUCUGGAGCUGUAUUCAGGCAAGGAAUUCUGGGUGGAUGUAAUGCGGGAACUCUGGCCACGCUAUAUGACGCUACCGCUGGAGAAGAAGGACGCUCACCCGUGCUCCUUCACCCCAAUCUUCUCCGGAGACUGGGCAGCAGCCUACUUCAGCCACACUUGGUCCCGCAUCAUUGCCGCCGACGUCUAUUCGGCCUUCCACGAGGCAUCCGGCAAUCCCGAAGCCCUCGCCACUGUGGGGAAACGCUUCAGGGAUACCUUCCUCGCAAUGGGAGGUGCUUGUGCACCAGCUGAAAUUUUCAGGCGUUUUCGUGGUCGGGAUCCAUCCCCCAAGGCUCUCAUCUCCAUUUUGGGGCUCAAGAAAGCCAAGGGGAGUGAGCGCACAGAUGAUGGUGGGAAAAAGUAAUUCAUAAAGCUUCCUGUGUAAUGCAUUUUCGCCCAUUUAAUCCCCCAUUCAUAUUGAAAAAUUGUGAGUUUACCCAGUAAAAAAGGAAAAAAAAAUGUUCUAAUAAUAAAAAAAAUGUUGAAAAUCGUUAAAAA